GUAAUGCGUUUCGGUUUGAAGGGUGGGGCUGCCGUUGUAACUAUACUUGAGAUCUUAGAACUUAUAUCUCAAGGUGGGUAGCGCAUUUACGUCGUAGAUGUCUAUGGGCUCCAGUAACCACUUAACACCAGGUGGGCUGUAGCUCGUCCACCCAUCAAAGCAAUAAAAAAAACCUAGAAAGACGCAGACGAGCGCAAGGCUCAAAAGACGCUAAAGGGCUUCUGGAAUGUUAGUUCUCGUGAUCACCAACACAUUUGGUCCAAGCCUCGAUUGUUUGCAUUAAAUUAACACACUUUAACUACAAAUAAGAUCCUUAAUCAUUAUUUAUCAACAUCUCAAAUCCUAUCGUGUGGAAUCAUCACAAAGCAUUCCUUGUAAGCACAAGCAGACAUUGGUUCGGUUAACAUGACGCGUUGCGGUGUUGUCAUUCAGUAAAUUAUUCUGUCUUAUGAUUACCGCCGGUUAACCGCUUAAUUGCCCCGUAGACUACCAGUCUACAAAAUUCUGCACCUUAUUAUGCCCCGUAGACCACAAGUCUACUAGAUUUAGGACCAUUAAAUUGCCCGUGUGGACUAGUGGUCUACAAGCCCUCUUGACUUGACAUUCCUCUAGUUUUAUGAAUAUUAUCCGUCUUGCUCGUUCAUUAGUGUGUUUAUAUAUAUCUUUCCUGCUUCUUUGUUAAAUUUCCAACCAAAUAAAGCCAAUAGACCGUAUUCCAGUCCUGGAAAAAAUUAUAAAAAAACAAAGUUGAAGUUGUCAUUUGCAAAUGUGUGGUUCGCGUGUGCUGUGAUAUAAGUGUUGUGCCGAAUUGUGAAGAAUUUUAAUACUUACGGUGAGUAUUUUUACUUGAUUUUUUAUUAUUAUCAAGGUAAGUAAACUACUAAACUGUAGAAAUAAAGUUUUCAGCGUGAAACACAAAAUUUGUCCUUUUCUGAACCCGAUAAAGUUGACGGAAUAUUUUGGGCGCGCGCUUCCCGGCUAACGUAAUAGUUUUAUCUUCAAUUUCGAUAUAUUUGGGCUGUUUUAUAAUUCUAAAUACUAUCAAAAUGAUUAUUUACGUUAUGAUCAUGUAAAUUCUAGCCGGGACGAUAAAAUUAGAAGCAAUUUGAGUCAGAAACUUUAAAAUCCGACUGACAAGUGUUCAUGGUGCAGUUAAGGCUAGGAGCACACCGAGAGAUCGUGUGAUCCGGAAUCCGGUAGAUAUAUUUUUCUAAGCGAUUGUGUUACUUGUGUUACUUUGGCUUAUGAAAAUGCUUCUGAAUGUUUUUUUAUUUAUCUUGGUUCAUGAUGCAGUUAAGGUUAGGUGCAGACGGAGUAAUCGCGCGUUCCGGACUGGAUUUUUUUCUGUACGCUUGUCCGAAAUUAAUUAUUUUAUUAAAUUUUACUGCUUGUGAAUGUGAAAUGCUUGCUGCUGGUUUUUAUUUUUUCUCUUCUAUUUGUUUUUGACUGCUUAUUGCAUGUGACGCAGAAAUUGUAAGCCAAAGUGGUCAGGGUGCCAUGAGACCACGUCGGGGCUUGGGAGCGGCGAGAGGACGUGGAGCUGCUCGAGGUGGUGGUCAGAGGGGCGUCAGGGGCGGUAGGGGUGGCCGUAGGCCACGCUGUGCCCGAUCUUUGCCUUUUUCACAUCUUGGAGAUGAAAACGUGGAAGUGGAAACUUCUCCAGGCCCAUCUGGAAUUCCACAACGGCCUUCAUUGACAGAGCAAUUGAAAGUCGCCAAGGUGGCGAGGCUUUUGGAUAAAAAGCAUGAGAAUUUGCUGUCUGCGGACCAAAAAAAGGAGCUGGCCAGGCUGCGCGAUGGCAAGCAAGUGGGCAAUUUUAAAAUGCCAGAUGCUCCAGAACCACAAAGAGGAAGAGGAAAGGGAAAGGGGAAGGGCAAAGGAAGGGGCAGUGAAGACUCGCGGAUGUGGAGGCCAUGCCCACUUUUACCUGGGGUACCAACUGUCCCUCCUCCACGUGUACGUCAGUCGUGGGAAUUGCAACAGCAACGCCCGAUUGAUAUCACCGCGGAGCAGGAGGGUGAGGAUGAUGACAUCGAAAGCUAUUUUCUUCCAGAUAUCACCGAGGAUGAGGAGAUGCGUCCUCCCCUCCUCGAGGAUGAGGAGGCCGUUCCUUCUGCAGGGACCCCACCUCAAGCGAAGAAACGCAAGAUCCAAUUUUCGCCCUCGAUGGGGAUCAUCCAGGCUACUGCAUUGCCUCAAAAUAUCGUGCCAGCAGAGAUAGAACUCCUGGGGUUUACACCUUCUUCUACCGGUACUCGAACAGCGCUUGACUCUGGAAGAAGUAAUUACAGUAUGGAUAUCGAUAUAGAUAUGGAGCGUGACUUCAUAGAGCCUGGCGAAGGCAGCGAAGUAGAUGAAGGUGAUUCGGCGAAUAUGGUCGGUAUGAUCGAUAAUUCUUUGAAACCAAGACGAAUCGAUGAUUUUCCGAUGGACUUAGACAGUAUUGCUGAACAUGAGGUAGUUGAGGUGAUACAGGAGCUGGACAAUGCUGCCGACGAAGUCCUUCGGAACGUGGUAGGACCGGAAACCGAUCUGCUUCAUUUUGACUGGCGAGGCGAGCCGGAAAAUUUUGAGUCUGUCAGGGAAGCAUUUACUGUGCCAUCUACUGGACCAACGUUUGAUAACGCCGAUUUAAUUCCCUUAGAUGUUUUUUUCAAGAUUUGGGAUGCAGAUAUUAUUGCUUACAUCGUGCGCGAAACCAACCGCUACGGUGCUCAGCUAAUAAGGUCGACCAUUCCAUCCAAGCCAAAUUCUAGAUUAAGCCGUUGGAAAGACGUCACCAGUGACGAAAUCCUACGGUUUUUAGCAGUUUUAAUGUUACAGUCACUAGUUAUAGAUUAUGUGGAGCGCGAAUAUUGGUAUGCCGUGAUUGAAGAACUCCAAAUAGGCAAUUUUAAAGAAAUAAUGACUUAUAACCGUUUCAUCGUCAUCAAACGUUGUCUCCAUUUUAUAGACAAUGCCACUUUGCCCGUGCCGCCUACCAAACUCGAUAAAAUCAUCCCCAUCAUAGAGCACCUAAACAAAAAAUUUAAGUCUUUAUACGUACUAGAACAAAAUAUAGCAAUUGACGAGUCACUCCUUCUUUGGAAGGGGCGCCUCUCAUUUGCGCAAAAAAUUGCUACAAAAAGAGCUCGAGUAGGUAUAAAGUCUUACGAGUUAUGUGAAUCCAGGACUGGAUAUUUAUGGCAGAUGGAGGUCUACACGGGCAAAGGGCACGCACAUGUGGUACAAGACGGGGAGCCGGAAGAGCGCGGGCAAGAGUCUGACGAGCCGGAGAGUGCCACGGCCCAGAUUGUGCUGAACUUAACGAGACCACUUUUUGAUAAAGGCCAUACAUUAAUAAUGGACAAUUUUUAUAAUGCGCCACUUUUGUCUCGGAUCCUAAAAGUUCAGCACAAGACUGAUUCGAUGGGUACUCUACGACUUAACAGAGAGUUUGUCCCCGAAGCUCUUAAAAAAAAAACAAAAAAAAACAUGAAGGAGGGCGAGGUGGCAUUCAGCACAACCAAAGACCUCAGUGUGGUUGUGUGGAUGGACAAAAAUAUUGUGGCAAUGAUUUCUUCUUUCCAUCCCAUAGAAGUCGGCGGCAUUGAAAAAUACGGUUAUUACCGGUACAAACCGCAAGUUGUUCUUGAUUAUAAUUUCUCAAUGGGCGGCAUCGACCACAAAGAUCAAAUGCUGUCUGCCUAUCCCAUUGAGAGAUCACGUAACAUAAUCUGGUACAAAAAAUUAUUUCGCCGACUUUUAAAUGUAUCGAUGCAUAAUGCUCUCGUGAUGUUCAACCACAACCGCACUCACGCCCUUCGUCACCGUGAAUUCCGCCUGCAGUUGGCAAAGCAACUGCUGCAAAGCAGCAGAUCAGCAGCACCUUCCCGGUCUUUAGCACCGGCAGCACGACCAGAACCAGCGGCAUGCAUACGGGACAUGCACUUGCCAGGAAAAAAUACAAAAAAACAGCGCUGCAAGCUCUGCUACUCUGCCAAAGUGCAGCGCUCGACGGUGUGGCGGUGUACCACCUGCAAUGUCAAUCUGUGUAUCGUAGGAUGCUACACCGUAUACCAUAUCAAUCUAGCGCAAACGCCCGCCGUUUAGUGCAAGUUGUUUUUUGUUUUUUUGUUUACUCCGGAUCCGACUACCUAGUCUACGUCAGAGUACGUAUCAAAAUAUAUAAAAUCAAUAUACAUAAGGUCGAAAUAAAUAAAGUCAAAGUGCCGAAAUUCGAAAUACAUAAAGUAUCAAAAUAUAUAAGUUCCAGUAUCUGUUGUUCUGGUCAUCAUCAGACCCUGGAAACUUUUUACAGAGAAGUUGCUACAUCUCUGGAAGUAUUUAGAUGAAAAACGACUUCAAUAACUUGUUCCGUUCCUCAGUUCCAGUAUCUGUUGUUCUGGUCAUCAUCAUACCCUGCAAACUUUCCACAGAGAAGUUGCUAAACCUACGGAAGUAAUAAUUAACUUUAGGCAUUUUGGGAUGGGUGUCACAGAUAGUCAACAACAAACAAAACCGACCGACAAAACUCCGGAUCAAGAAAAAAUAAUGUUCCGGAUCACACUCGGUGUGUACCGAACCUUAAAUAUUGGUGUAGCCCGCUGAUUUUGUUGUUUACUCUUGAAUAUGUUUUUGUAAUACAGUACAAUACACAAGUGUGAUAUAUUUUUAGAAAGGGCUUGAAAUGUUCUAUUUGGUAUGAUUAUUCUUGUUUUUACAUUGUCUAUUUUUUAGAACAAAAAAUAUGUAAAACUACAAAGAUUUCACUGUGCGAAUGAGACCUGUAGCACUAAUUUUAACAUAUUUCAGUAAUGGCUAAUGCUAUCGAUUGGAUUUUUGUAUAUUUUGUAAGAAUGUAAGAUAGCCCAUAUUAUACUACUUAAAUUGUAGGCCUAAAUGUGAUAUUUGCGCAUCUGUGAUGAUAAAAGUUUGUCUAGAAUUACGGCUUGCGCCGCCAAAUUUUUAUGCAAAAUAAAAGAGCUGUAAAUAAAUAUUUUUGUAGGAA